GCCCCGUCUUUUAUCAACUGAUGACACAGGACCACAGGACCUAGAUAGGGUGGUAGCUAGGAUCAUUGGAAGAGGAGGGAGUGAGCGACUGGGAAAACAGGGAGUUGGCUUGGGAAAAGGGAGUGCCCAAGAGACAGAAGCUAGCAAACCAUUUAUUAGAGAGAUGGCUGAUGUGAGUGAGGUUUUGAUGUCUGUUCUGUCCACGAUUCGGGUUCCGAGGCCCGGAGAUCGUGUCCACAAAGACGAAUGCGUCUUCUCUUUUGCAAAUCCGGAAGCAGAGGGUGGUCUGUAUGUGUGUAUGAACAGUUUCCUUGGCUUUGGUGCUCAGUACGUGGAAAGACAUCACAAUAAGAAUGGCCAAAGGGCGUAUCUGCACAUCAAGCGCACUCGUAAAGCCCAGAAAGACGAGGACGCAAAUUCUGACUCGCCAAAAAAGCCGAUACGGUUGGCUAUUGGCAUAGAAGGGGGAUUUGAUAUAGAGCAGGAGCAGUAUGAGGAAGAAGUCAAGGUUGUCCUCUUUCCUGACAAACAGGAAGUGACAUUGGAGGACCUGACGACCAUGCCCGAUGUUGUCAGGGAGCGGGUGUCGUUGUCCAUGACGGGGUUGGUGUCGGCAGACUCGGUGUCCCACACCAUCCAGGUGCAGCAGUGGGACGGCGAGGUGCGGCAGGAGUCCCGGCAUGCGGCCGACCUGAGCCAGCUGGACAACGGCGUCAAGAUACCUCCCAGCGGGUGGAAGUGUGACGUGUGUGGCUUGGAGGAAAACCUGUGGAUGAAUCUCUCAGAUGGGAAGAUCCUCUGUGGGCGCAGGUACUUUGAUGGCUCCGGAGGCAACAAUCAUGCCCUUGCGCACUUCCAGCAGACCGGAUACCCCCUAGCUGUCAAACUGGGUACUAUUACCCCUGAUGGAGCAGAUGUGUACUCCUAUGAGGAAGAUGACAUGGUUCUGGACUCUAAGUUGCCGGAACACCUGUCUCACUUUGGCAUUGAUAUGAUGACCAUGGAGAAGACAGAGAGAACGAUGACUGAGCUGGAAAUUGCGGCUAACCAGCGUAUGGGGGAGUGGGAGGUGAUCCAAGAGUCGGGGGCUACGCUGCAACCCCUGACAGGCCCCGGCUUCACUGGAAUGAGUAACCUGGGGAACAGCUGCUACCUCAACUCUGUCAUGCAAGUGCUCUUCACCGUGCCGGACUUCCAGCGCAAGUAUGCCUCCAACAUCGAAAAGAUUUUUGCCAACGCUCCAAGCGACCCCACACAUGACUUCAAAACGCAAGUGGCAAAGUUGGGCCAUGCCUUGUUGUCAGGGGAAUAUUCAAAACCUGCCCACGACUCUGAAGAUAACCCCAGUGGUGAUCAGGUCGGCAUAGCGCCGCGAAUGUUCAAAGCAUUAGUUGGUCGAGGACACCCUGAGUUCUCCACCAAUCGGCAGCAAGAUGCUCAGGAGUUUUUUCUGCACUUCAUUAACAUGGUGGAGCGGAAUUGUCGUUAUGGGGAAAAUCCCUCUGAGGCCUUUCGCUUCCUGGUGGAGGAAAGGAUUGUCUGUCAGCAGUCAAACAAAGUCAAGUACACACAGAGGGUGGACUACAUCGUACAGUUACCUGUGCCUAUGGAACAAGCCACUAACGCAGAUGAGCUGCAGGAGGUGGAGCAGAAACGUCAGGAGGCGGAGGCUGCAGGCGUGCCCCCUCCUCCCACCCCCAGGGCUUAUAUCCCAUUCGAUGCCUGUCUGGAUGCCCUGAGUGAACCUGAGACUCUCGUAGACUUCUGGAGCUCUGCUGUCCACGCCAAGACCACUGCCAGCAAGACGACCAGCUUUGCGUCCUUCCCUGAUUAUCUUGUCAUCCAAAUCAAGAAGUUCACCUUUGGCCUGGAUUGGGUACCAAAGAAGCUUGAUGUGAGUAUUGAUGUGCCUGAAACACUAGAUCUGAGUUCGCUCAGAGGGACUGGGCUACAGCCCGGGGAGGAGGUGCUUCCGGAGGUGGCCCCCCCUCCUCUCAUGACCCCUGACGUGGAGGUCAAAGGUAUCCUGGGCUCCCACGGCAACGAGGAUGACGACUCGCUGUACUCCCCACUGCUGUCCCCUGUACUAGAUGACUCAACAGUGUCCCAGCUGUGUGAGAUGGGCUUCCCCCUGGAGGCCUGCAGAAAGGCGGUCUACUGCACUGGGAACACUGGGAUUGAUGCCGCUAUGAACUGGGUGAUGGGUCACAUGGACGACCCUGACUUCUCUGCCCCCAUGGUGCUGCCGUGCGGAAGUUCGGCCCCGGGGUCCACGCCCACUGAAACGUUAUCCGAGGAGCACUUAGCAACCAUCGUCUCCAUGGGGUUCGGCCGAGAUCAGGCCACACGAGCGCUGCGGGCUACGAGCAAUGUUCUGGAGCGGGCGGUGGACUGGAUCUUCUCCCACCUGGAUGACCUGGAGUCCAUGGAGGUGUCGGAGGGGGGUCGCUCCGCUGCGGAGAGCGAGGGCGGCAGGGAGCCCCCCCCAGGACCCCGCGUGAGGGACGGAGAUGGAAAGUAUGAGCUGUUUGGCUUCAUCAGUCACAUGGGCACGAGUACCAUGUGUGGUCACUAUGUCUGCCACAUCAAGAAGGACGAGCAGUGGGUGAUCUUCAAUGAUCAGAAGGUGUGUGCCUCUGAGAAGCCCCCCAAGGACCUAGGAUACCUGUACUUCUACAGAAGAGCGACUGAGUGAGAGAGAGUGGAGAAAGAUACCUGUAGUUCUACAGGAGAGAGCCUGAGAGAAAGAGUGAAGUACUUGUGCUUCUACAGGCGAGUUACUGAGUUAAGAGAGAGGUUGAGAUACCUCUACAGGAGAGUUAAUGAGAUGCCUGUAGUUCAUCAGGAACAUGACAAAUUGAGAGUGAGAUACCUGUACCUUUAUAUCAGAAUGACUGAGAGAUACCUGUCCCUCAAGCAGAGUACCUCACUGAAUGACAAAUACCAUCUCUAGGAGUGACUGAGUGAGACAGAAGGGGUGAGAGACUAGUACCUUAGUUAGUUUGGGAGAGAGGUUAAGGGUAUCUGUACCACUACAGAGUGAGAUACAGGACUGAGAGGGACCUGUACUUCCAUUGUAAUGAAUGAGUGAGAGAGAUGGGUUAAGGCAGAAGAGUAGCUCUGAGGUCCAAAGAGAGGAUUGGAUGCAAAUGGAACAGAGGUAAUUGUUACGUACACAAGCGAGUGACAGAUUAAAGGGGUGAAUUAAUAGAGGGAGGUGUCCAUCGUGUCCUGGCACAUUCCCUUUCCCUUUUCACAAAACUCAUGAACUCUCCAAACUCAACCUCUCUAUUCACUCUCCACUGAUUAGCACUGAUUGUGAUGUUAUUGCUGCUACGGCCAAUUCCGGCUCCUGCUCUCCCCUGUGAGAUACAGAUUUAAGAAACCACUGACCAGAAAAGUUCAACCGAAAAAUUUAACCGAAUCCACUAUAAAAUUGUGCACACUUCAGACAAAGUGUUGCUUCUGGCAAAUGUGGCAAGAAAGAGUGAUAACUGUGUUCUCCCUGCUUUAAAAAAUAAAAUUGUGCAUUCCUCCCUUAA